UUUAAAAGUGACUUUCCAAUUUUUCCCAUUUCUGUUAAAGACUUUGUCUUGCAAAAAAUAACUGAAGACAUUGUUAGAAAUUGGGCUGAUACUGAACGUAGAAAAAAAAUCAAAGCAGCUCAUAUACAAGGUAUUAACCUGCCUCCAAAAUAUAAGAAUAUCAUACCACUUGAUCCAAAGCAUAAAAAGGUUAUACCAAAUUAUGAAUUAUCAUCAACUGCGCCAAAUUAUGAAUCAUCAACUACGCCAAAUUCUGAGUCAUCGUCAAGCAUAAUCCUGCAUAAAUCGAUUCCACCUGUGCAAAAUUCUGGAUUAUCAAGCACAAUGAAAUCAGAAAUACAAUCAUUAUCAUUAUCACAAGUACUAGUGCAAAAGAAAGCAAAAACAUCUA